GGUUGCUUUCUACAACCGCUGGCCGUGCAGGUGCAGCACAGAACACAGCCACUCGCGCUCGGCCGCCGAGCCUAUAAAGGGCGGUGCCCAGCCACCACCUUAAUGACACUGUCAUCACCAAACACCAACACAAACACAGACACAAACCAAAAGCAUUCCUUCCCUCUCGCCCUCCCUCCUCCAUCUCUGUCUCAAGAUCAGUGCCGCUCCCAAGAGUUAAGAAGAGAGAGAGAGAGAGAGAGAGAGAGAGAGGAAGGAGAUGGGGAUGCAAUCAGUGUGCGGAGGAGCAGGGCGGUGGCGGCGAGCAGUGGCGUGGUGGGGGGCCGUCCUGGUCCUCGCCCAUUUACUCAGCUGCGGCAGCGCGGGGCUCCUGGACACCAACCCGGGCUUGGCCUAUAACUUCUACGCGACGACGUGCCCCAGCGCCGAGGCCACCGUCCGGAGCAUCACCUGGGCGCAGGUCGCCGCCAACCAGGCCCUCCCCGGCCAGCUCCUCAGGCUGCACUUCCACGACUGCUUCGUCAAGGGCUGCGACGCGUCCAUCCUGCUGGACAACGCGCAGAGCGAGAAGACGGCGCCGCCCAACGGCUCCCUCGGCGGCUACCCGGUGAUCGACGCCAUCAAGGCGCAGCUCGAGAAGGCCUGCCCGGGCGUCGUCUCCUGCGCCGACAUCGUCGCGCUCGCCGCCCGCGACGCCGUCUCCUACCAGUUCAAGGCCUCGCUCUGGCAGGUGGAGACCGGCCGCCGGGACGGCCCCGUCUCGCUCGCCAGCAACACCGGCGCGCUGCCCUCGCCCUCCGCCGGCUUCAACGGCCUGCUGCAGAGCUUCGCCGCCAAGGGGCUCGACGUCAACGACCUCGUCGCGCUCUCCGGCGCGCACACCAUCGGCAAGGCCAGCUGCUCCAGCGUCACGCCCAGGCUGUACCAGGGCAACGCCACCAGCAUCGACCCCCUGCUCGACUCCACCUACGCCAAGACGCUCAUGAACGCCUGCCCCAACAAUCCCGCUUCCACGUCCACGGUGGACCUGGACGGCGCCACGCCGUUCAAGUUCGACGGCAGCUACUACACCAACCUGCAGAACAAGCGGGGAGUGCUCGCCUCCGACGCCGCGCUCACGCAGAACGCCGCUGCCGCGACUAUUGUCAACGACCUGACCAACCCGAUCAAGUUCUACGCCGCCUUCUCCAUGUCCAUGAAGAAGAUGGGACGCGUCGACGUGCUCACCCUCAAGAACGGACAAGGGAAGAUCAGGACCAAGUGCAAUGUGCCGUGAGGGUUCAUCCAUGAGCGCCACAUUUUUUCUUGGAUUUUUUUUACUCUCUCCCUCUCUCUCUCUCCCUCUUAUUUCAUCGGCGCGGAUCAAAUAUAUUGUGCCCGCCAUGAUUAAGGUCCCAAAUCUAUAUUGAUUUGUUAAGUGCUGUGCCUGAGUAUGUAAGAUUAUUAGUCACGACAUGCGUUGCAUUCCUCUUGCAAUCAAUCAAAGAAGGUGGUUCGGCACUUCUCUCUGCUCUCA